GGGGCGGUUGGCGUCCGCGCGUUUCGAGUUGUUUUCAGGUAGCUACCGAAGCUUCUGCUGGCUAGCUGGACAGCCCGGCCGCUUUCUUAUGACUUCAGAGACGGGGUCCUGCUCUUGCUCAGGCUGGCCUGGAACUCCGGAGCUCAAGCGAUCCUCCCAACUUGGCCUAGGAUACUAGGAUAACAGUGAUGGCCCAUGAAACAAUGGAACAUGAUCUUCAGGUGCAGUUAGAUCACCAUGCUGUGGAGCAGCCACCUGUGGAAGUGGCUAGCAGCCAGGGUAUUGUGCCUCUGCUCCAGCCUGCCCCUGCUGAAGUGGUAGGCAGCCAUGGGGGACUAGUCCUAUUGCAACCUGCCCCUGCUGAACUGGUCAACAGCCAAGGGUUACCACUACUGCUCCAGCCUGCUCCACAGAUGUCCAUUGACCUGACAGAGGAAGAGGAGCUCUCAGUAGAAGAGAAUGUAGAGAACAUCAAUCCAAGAGAUUCAGAGGAACAAAGGCAGGGAUCUGGUGCUGCUCGUAUCAUCCAUGCAUCUGCAGUGGAUUCAAUGAACACCUUCAUCAGUGGGCUGCAGAGACUUCAUGGCAUGCUGGAAUUCCUGAGACCUCUACCUUCAGACCAAAGUGUGGGGCCAGUGAGAGUGAGGAGGAGGAGGAGAGGGUCUGCUUCACGGAGGGCAAGAGCUGGAGGGUCUCAGAGGGCAGACAAUACCAGGUUGAGAGCACCACUGGCUGCUUACUUUCAGGCAAGCAGGACCCAGCCACACAUGCCAGACAUUAGGAAUCUUCCUGUGCCUGAAGACUUGGAGGUGUUUAGUAGUUCUGAUUCUGACAGUGACAGCUCUAUAGAAGAUGGAGAAGUAGUUGCCCAAGCAGAGGAACCUGGAGCUGCAGAAGAGCAAGGAGGUAUCUCAGCAGAGCAAGAAGUUACAUCUGUCAGUGGAGAUGAGACCCUUCCCAAAAAGCAGUCUCCCCAGAAGCCCAACCCUUUUCAGCCUUCUGCUUCUAUGGAUGACGAAGAAGGGGAAAUUUGCACAAUAUGUUUGGAACAGUGGACAAAUGCGGGGGACCACCGGCUCUCAGCAUUACGCUGCGGGCACCUCUUUGGGUAUUGUUGCAUUUCUAGGUGGCUGAAAGGGCAAGCACGAAAAUGUCCCCAGUGCAACAGGAAAGCCAAGCAUAGUGACAUCGUUGUGCUUUAUGCCCGAACCCUGAAAGCUUUGGACACUAGUGAGCAGGAACGCAUGAAAAGUUCUCUACUGAAAGAACAGACACUAAGAAAGAAGGCCGAGUUAGAAUCAGCACAGUGCCGGCUCCAACUUCAAGUUCUCACUGAUGAGUGCAGUAAGCUUCACAAUCGUGUUCAGGACUUGCAGAAACUUAUUGUGCAGCAUCGGAGUCAGAUUGUACAGGAAUCCAGCCACUCCCAAGGACGUUUGCUGUGCGGCCUGCCCUCCAGCCAGGGCCAGCACAAGUACCACUUCCAGAAGACCUUCACAGUGUCUCAGACAGGAAAUUGCCGGAUCAUGGCGUACUCUGAUGUUCUGAGCUGCCUGGUGGUAUCACAGCCUUCCCCUCAGGCCUCCUUCUUUCCAGGCUUUGGUGUUAAGAUGUUGAGUACUGCCAACAUGAAAAGCAGCCAGUACAUUCCGAUGCAUGGCAAACAGAUCCGAGGACUGGCUUUCAACAGUCCAUCCAAAGGCUUACUUCUCUCUGCUUCCCUAGACAACACCAUUAAACUGACCAGCCUGGAGACAAAUACUGUGGUCCAGACUUACAAUGCAGGACGUCCUGUCUGGAGCUGUUGUUGGUGCCUUGAUGAUAAUAAUCACAUCUAUGCUGGACUGGCCAAUGGUUCGAUUCUUGUAUAUGACCUGCGAAACACAAGCUGCCAUAUCCAGGAAUUAGCACCUCAAAAAGCCAGAUGCCCACUGGUAUCCCUGUCAUACAUACCCAGAGCUGCCUCAGCUGCAUUUCCAUAUGGUGGGGUGCUGGCUGGAACCUUAGAGAAUGCUUCCUUCUGGGAAAUGAGAACAGGCUUUACUCAUUGGCCUCAUGUGCUGCCAUUGGAGCCAGGGGGCUGCAUAGAUUUUCAGACAGAGAGCAGCACCCGGCACUGUCUUGUGACCUACAGGCCUGAUAAAAACCACACCACCAUACGAAGUGUGCUGAUGGAGAUGUCUCACACUCUGAGUGACUCUGGAGAGCCAGUCUGCUCCUGCCGUCCUGUACAAACUUUCCUUGGGGGACCCACUUGUAAACUGUUGACAAAAAGUGCCAUUUUCCCAAACCCAGAGAAUGAUGGAAGCAUUUUGGUGUGUACUGGCGAUGAAGCAUCAAAUUCAGCCAUGCUGUGGGAUGCUGGCAGUGGCUCAUUGCUGCAGGACCUGCAGGCUGAUCAACCUAUUUUGGACAUCUGCCCAUUUGAGGUGAACCAUAGCAGCUACCUGGCUACCUUAACAGAGAAGGUGGUCCACAUCUAUAGGUGGCAGUGACCAUGGUCUGGAAACCUUUUAGGCAAGCUGCUGAUAAACUUCAGAUGUUUGCUAGCACCUAACAGUCCUGAGCAGGAUCCCUGCAUUUUGCCUGCAUCCUAGAACUUUUGGGAUCAUGAGUCAUUUGAAUUAUGAUUUUAGAGUCCAGUUGACCAAGACACUACUGUGUAUCUGCUGUGGCUACCAAAAGUAAGUGACUGGUACUCCAUCUACAUUAUCCAUUUCUCGUGUAUAAAGCCUUCAUGACUCUCUGUUGGGAAUCUUUAUUUCAUCUGAAGCAAUCAUUUAGGAUAUGAGUGGGCACCAAGCAUUUUCUGGAGGAUAUAUGACACCCCACCUGAGUGGUCUUGCCACUUGCGCUUUGGGAAAGCUGUUUGCAUCCUUGAAGUGACUGAUCAUCUUGAUGCUGAUUUGAUGCAGCCUGUAUGCAAAAGAGUCUUCCUCAGUUGAACACAAGAGGGCACUGUAGAACCUUGUGUCAGAUUAGAUUUUUUUGUUUGUUUGUUUGUUUUUUUUUUUUUUUUGGUUUUUGGACGGGGCUGGGUUUGAACCUGCCACCUCUGGCAUAUGGGACCGGCGCCCUACCCCUUUGAGCCACAGAUGCCGUCCUUUAUUUCUGAUCUUGAAGGCUGAUAACCUCUUAGUAACUUGGUCUCAUCCCCACAGUAGUGUGUAGUAGAGCACAUUUGGUGUACUUUGUGUCAGCAACAUUUGUGUUCUAAGGACAGGGUGCUGGGACUUUUGCAGGCCCUGUGAUAGAGGCAGUUGAUGAACUAGAGAUCCUUUGCUAAUCCUAAGGACAUUAAGUUUGUCAUGAAAUCUAUGGAAAGAGACCAUUUGUUUGAACAGUGCAGAAUGCUAGUUUUUCUAGCCAUUUUAGGAUCUCAGGAUUCGUUUUAUCUAAAACAGUGCUUUAAAGACCAUUCCUUUUACCUCCUGUUAGGAAAAGAUGAGUGAUAUGUGGAGUGUUUGCUUGAGUCUCCCUUACUGUCAGAGAUCAAGAGCAUGGAUUAAGAGAACUUUAAAAAGAAGUUGUUUGUGUUGCCAUUGACAACAGAAAGAGGACUCAUGUCCUCCGUUUUGAGAGAAUAAAGCCAAUCUCUUGGAGUGAGGGGGCUGCUGUUAAGUGUGUUUGUAAUUCUCAAUUAGAAGCUUCCCCAUGUGAAAAUGAUGUGAUUCCAUGUUUCUCUGAUUUGCCUCCUUAACCUUUUCUGACAAUGUUAGUAAAAUUCCUAGGAAUAAUGGAGACCUCUGUGAAUGAUAGGGAGGUACCCACCAACUUUCAUUCCACGUCACGUCUUGAAUUGUCCGACACUGAGGGCAGCAGUUCCCUCCAGUAGAGAGCUCAAUUUUUAUUUUUCUGUUUUGUCUUGGGCCACUCUGGCAAAUCACUGUCCGCAACAGACCAUGCUUCAGGGUGUAGGCAGGACCAGGGUGGUUAACAGCAUGUUUUUUUUUAAAUAAUUGUCAGAGAAAUGUUACUAUUUUUAUUAUAAAACACUUAGGACCUGUCAUCUCCUGAGCAGUUCCUAGGAUCUUUCUUUCCAGCAAGGGCUUGUUGCUGUAGAUUUCCCCAAACUUCCAAGUUCCAGUUGUGCCUUUUAAUGACCCUUUUUUAUUUGAGGAUGUCUUUUUUAAAAGCCAGCUUCCAGGGCCUAGGGAAAAUACUCUUUCCCCAGGGGGGAAGUACUCCUUUUGAUAUGUUGAUGAUUAAGAGUGGCUGCCCAGGCCCAGAGCUUCAGUGGCUAAACAGGAUUAGAACUCAUCUGGCUUCAGCAGAUUGCCACUGAGGGGACACAAGGGGUCAGGCCCUGGCUGCCUUUGUCUUUGGGUGCCUGUGGCACAAAGGAGUAAAGCACUGGCCCCAUAUGCCAGAGGUGGUAGGUUCAAACCCAGUCCCCGGCCAAAACUGCAAAAGGAAAAAAAAAAAAGAACCUGUCUUGGGGCCUGGGUGGGGUUAGGAUUUUACUUGCUUUGAAAGUACACUCAACUGAUGAUGAUUGAUUCCCUUAAGAUAGUGGUUCUCAACCUUCCUAAUGCCAUGGCCCUUUAAUACAGUUCCUGUGGGUUGCGACCCACAGGUUGAGAACCGCUGCCCUAAGAGUAGGAACCAAGACUACCGGAGAAGUUGGGUGAAUCCUGUCUUGCCAAUUCUUACAUUCCUAUAAAAUUUGGGUGUUUUUGGAAGCAUAUUCAUGUGAUUGUAACUGAUUUCUCUAAAUUGAAAAAAACUUGUCCCCAGCCUCUAGGUUCCUGGGCAUGACCAGGCUUUCUGACCCCUUUCCCCAUGUUUUUCCUCACUCCUACCUCUAAAAGCUUUUUUGCCAGGAUUGGAGUUAGGCAAUCAAAAUAUUUUGUCAUUAUAUGAAUCUGUGCACCUGCUUUGAGAACAGGGCAAUGUGAUCUAUGUUUGUGUUCUAUGUUUUAAUAUUUCUAUUUUAUGUUUUACUAUUAAUAUGAAAAUAAAGAAUUUGC